AUGGCGCCAAAACGCAAGAAGAAGGCAGAUCACGCCAGCGAGCCCCCAGCUCACGGGGAGCUCCUGGCCAUAUUGGAACAAUCCGGAGACCUGCCACUAGAGUACAAGCUGCAGCUGAUGCAUUGCGGCCAGCCCGCGUGCCCACCUGGGUGCAAGGGCGGGCGCAAGGACAACCCAGCAUGCCUGUGCGGCCUGAUCCCGGAGGAGGGGCACUUCAGGAAGUCCGGGCUUUUCCAGAAAACGCCAGCGCUUCUCAGCGAGCUCGGCAUCGACCCUGCAACGCAGCGUCGCCCGGCGCCCGACCGGCCAGUCGGCCUUCGCAACCUCGGCAACACGUGCUACGUCAACGCCAGCCUGCAGAUGCUGCACCACAUAUCAAUGUUUCGCGACGCGCUGCUGCGGCUGGAGCCGGAGGUUGCCGGGCAGAAGGUGGUUGAGCAGAUGAGGGACCUCUUCCUUGCACUGGAGUACGGCCCCCGCUCCUGCGUGGACCCGACAGCGUUUGCCCAGAGCCUGCAGCUCGACCACUCAUACCAGCAGGACGGCUCUGAGUUUCUGAAGCUGCUGCUUCAGAAGCUGGAGCACGUGUUUGCAGAGUCGCGGCAGCAGCCCGUGCGCGCCGCGAUCCCCUCGCUCUUCCGCGGCCGCUGGUCCUACGUCACGACCUGCCGCGCCUGCGGACGCGAGAGCGCGGCCAGCGCCAGCCUGACGGAUUACUACGAGAUGCCGGUGCAGGUGGUGGGCUUCAGGUCGCUCGUGGAGAGCAUGGCGGCCACGCUGCAGCCGGAGGAGCUGGUGGGGUCAAACCAGUACCACUGCGACUUCUGCAGCGGCAAGCAGGACGCCACUCGGCAGCUUCACCUGGCGUCGCUGCCGCCGUACCUCUGUGUGUCCCUGCAGCGCUUCGUGUUUGACAUGAAGACGUUUGACAAGAAGAAGGCGCUCGACAAGAUCUCCUGCCCCACCGCGCUCGACAUGGGCACAGUGCUGGCUGCCGCGCAGGCCCAGGGGGUGGACAAGCUAGAGGCGCCAGCGCCCCUCCCUGAGGGCCUCAGGUAUGAGCUGAUGGCGGUCCUCAUCCACAAGGGCGGCAGCGCCAGCCACGGCCACUACGUUGCCCAUGUCAAGGCGCCAACCACGGGCACCUGGUGGCGUUUUGAUGACGAGGCAGCAGAGGAGAUGGGCCCAGCCCCCACGACGCACCCCGGCGACCACGGCACCACCGCGCUGGCCCAGGCCCAAGCUGCGGCCGCUGCUGGCGGCGCCGCCGCCGCGGGCACGGCUAGCGGCAGCGGCGUCGCGGCGGCGGCGGCAGCGGCGGGGGCUGGCUCUGGCGGCAGGGGGCGCGGGCGCGGGGCUGCGGCGGCGGGCGCGAAGCGGAAAGGUCGCGGCAGCGGUGGCGGGCGCGGCAAGGGGCCGGGGCGGGGGCGGAAGGGGGAUGCGUAUGAGUUGGCUGACAGCGGCGCCGAGGAGGCCGACGAGGCUGGGUUUGAGGGGUCCGAGGACGAGGAGGAGGCGCGCUUUGCGAAGCGCCGGAAGGAGCGUUCCCUGGAAGAGCAGGCGGCCGAACAGGCGCAGCUGCAGCAGGCCCUGGCCGCCAGCCUGAGCCAGGAGGAGCCAGGGGCCGGCGACGUCGCGGUGGCGGAGCAGCAGCCAAAGGCGGAGCAGCAGCAGCAGCAGCAGCAGCAGCAGCAGCAGCAGCAGGUGGAGGAGCAGGCCCCGGCGGCCGCAGCGGCGGCGGCCUCCCCGCCGGGCGGCAAGGCGCGGGGGCGCGGCAAGGGGAAGGCGGCGGCAGCGGCGGCGGCGGCGGGGGCUGCGGCGGCAGUGGCGGCGGGGGUCAAGCAGGGGUCUGAAGGCGGGGCCGAUGCAGGAAGCAGCGAGGACCAGAUCGUGUCUGGCAAUGCCUACAUGCUCGUCUACAAAUGCACCGCCUGGCAGCCGCCUGCGCCCGCCGCCUAUGCCGCGGUCGCGAACGGCGGCGGCGCCGCGGCAGCGGCUGCGACAGGCCCGUCGGGCCCGCCGCCGCUGGACAGCCUCCCAGAAGACGUGCAGGCGCGUGUGGCCCGGCUAUCGGCGGAAUACGAGGAGGCAGUCGCGCGCCACGCGGAGCUGCGGGCCAAGGCCGAGGCGUCGGUGGCGGAGCGGCAGCAGGAAGUCCGCGCCACGCUGGCCGCCGCGGCGCCGCCGCCCGACGCCGACCCCGACGCGCCCCCGCCCGCGCUCUUCCUGCCCACCGCGUGGCUGGAGGCCUGGGCCGGCGCGGACCGACCGCCGGGGCCGAUCGUCACGGCGCCGCUCGCGUGCGAGCACGGGGCGCUCGACCCGCACGCGUGGCAAGCAGUGAAGCUCGUCAGCACGGACGCGUGGCGGGUCAUGGCGGCCAAGCACGGCGUGGAGGGCCCCGAGCUGGGGCCCGGGGACCUGUGCCUGCAGUGCGUGGCGCGGCAGCUGCGGGGCCUGGCCAGCGCGGACAGCGCGGAAGACCUGCGGGCGCAGGCGCUGGCGUUGAUAGCCAAGCUGGAGGGCAGGGAUCAGGAGGAAAUCUUGGAGGCAGGGGAUGCUUACUGGAUCUCCAAGACGUGGCUGACAGGCUUCGUCAAGCGGGCCCCUGGCAGCAAGGCGGCCCUGUCCCCGCCCACCGCCGCCAUCGCCUGCCCCCACGGUCGCCUCGUCCCCGAGACGGCCGCCGCCGGCACCAAGCGCGCCGCCGUGCCGGGACGCCUAUGGCGGCUGCUGCGGCAGAUCUGGGAGCAGCACGCGCACGCGGCGCGUUGCGGGAACGGCGGCGGCGGGGCCGGCGGCAGCGGCAGAGGCGCGGGUGCAGGCAGCGGGGUGAUAGAUGCUGCCAAGGCGGCCCGAGCCAAGGCCAGGCAAAUCGAAGCGGCCCUCAAGGCGUCGCUGGGCGGCGGCGACGCCGGCGCCGCCGCGCCGACGGCGGCAGGGGCUGCGGCAGAGGCGGCAGGGGCUGAGGAGGGCGUCAAGCCGGGUGCGUUGGGUGGCAGGGGGCCGAGGCCGGUUCUGAGGCGCAGAUGCACCACACCUGCUGUCGCUUAA